GGUUCAGUACUUAAUCUUUUUCGAAGGUAUCCAAUAACUUUAUUCAGUUAUUCUCCUUCAUAUGCAAGAUUCCAUAUUUUACUGCAUUUGUUGUGAAAGGUUAUACUUGCUCCCUUUCAUUGCUGCAUUCAAAGAAGCAGUAUUAGGACAUAUUUCCACCACUUUGUAGUGAUUUAACCUCAAGCGAGGAUGGUCUAAAAGCACUAGCAUAAUGUGUCACCCAUCUUCAUGCUAAGAGCCAUGUUUGUUUUUCGUUCUGGUUGCUGUUGUCAGUGGGUAUGGGUUAGGUUUCACAUCCUCGGAAAGAAAGUUACUGAAGUCUGCAUUACUCCUUAGAGAUCUGGAAUAUCCAACUUUUUAUCAUGGACAUAUACCUAGUGCGUUUAUUUGGUGGCAUUACUCAUGUGCCCUGUGGAACUUUGCCACAAAGGGGCAUUUGCUGUGUAAAAACAGAUGGGCUAUCUGUGCUCUACUUUACUACUUCAGCAUUGCAAACCUAUUCUGAGUCGAGGGGUCAUAACUUCACUCUAAAUGCAACAUUUGAAGAUAUUGAGGUGAGCAAAUAUGACGGGUUGGUAAUUCCAGGCGGACGGUCUCCGGAAUAUCUGUCACUUAAUGAUUCUGUUAUAGACUUGGUGAAGAAAUUUUCCAACUCUGGAAAACCAAUUGCCUCCCUUUGUUAUGGACAAAUGAUACUGGCAGGUGCAGGGUGUCUUAAAGGUCGGAAGUGCACAUCUUAUCCUGCAGUGAAACCUGUACUCGUUGAUGCAGGUGCUCAUUGGGUGGAACCGGACACAAUGUCGGCAUGCGCUGUUCAUGAGAAUAUCAUAACUGCUGUUACAUAUGAAAGUCACCCCAAAUUCAUCCAACUUUUUGUAAAGGCACUCGGAGGCACCAUAAAAGGUUCUGAGAAACGGAUUCUAUUUCUCUGUGGGGAUUACAUGGAAGACUAUGAGGUAAUGGUUCCUUUCCAGUCUCUUCAAGCUCUUGGAUGCUGCGUUGAUGCUGUUUGCCCCAAGAAGGCAGCGGGUGAUAAAUGCCCAACGGCAGUCCAUGAUUUUGAAGGUGACCAAACUUACACUGAAAAGCCGGGCCAUGAUUUCACUCUAACGGCUAAUUUCGAAGGUAUAGAUGCUUCUAGCUAUGAUGCUCUUGUGAUCCCUGGAGGCCGGGCUCCUGAAUAUCUUGCACUGGAUGGAUCAGUUAUUAAAUUGGUAAAAGAAUUCAUGGAGGCUGAAAAGCCAGUGGCAUCAAUCUGCCAUGGACAACAGAUUUUGGCUGCUGCUGGUGUUCUCAAGGGUAGGAAAUGUACUGCAUACCCGGCUGUUAAACUCCAGGUAGUCUUAUCUGGGGCAAAGUGGUUAGAACCUGAUCCUAUAGACCGCUGUUUUACUGAUGGGAAUCUGGUGACCGGAGCAGCUUGGCCAGGUCACCCUCAGUUCAUUUCUCAGCUGAUGUCGUUGCUUGGUGUCUGGGUAUCGUUCUAGUUGUUCAUGCUGUUUUAGUUCCCGCUAGGAUGUAUCUGCUGAACAGAGAAGGAAGACAUGUUUAUGUGGCUUUCUGUGAGUGAACCUACUAGCCUAUAGGAUGCGAUGGGUUUGGUGAGGAGAAAACAGAAAUGAGACUUGUUUGGAUGAAUAAAAGAGUUGAGAAAUAGUUCACAUAUACGAGGUUCAUUUUGUUUCCCAUCA